AUAAAGAGAAUUUCGGCCAUGGGAAGCGAAGGCGAAAUUCAACGAAAACCUAAAUUUCUGUGCCUUCAUGGCUUCCGAACCAGUGGAGAAAUCCUCAAGAAGCAGGUCGGAAAAUGGCCGAGCUCCGUCCUCGAUCUAUUGGAUCUCCAUUUCCCCGACGGCCCCUUCCCUUCCGCAGGAAGAUCCGAAGUCGAAGGAAUUUUCGAUCCUCCCUUUUUCGAGUGGUUUCAAUUCAGUGCGGACAUGACAGAGUAUAUUAAUUUCGACGAGUGUCUCUCGUUCAUCGAGGAUUACAUGCUUAAGAAUGGACCAUUUGAUGGACUCCUCGGUUUCUCACAGGGCGCGGUAUUAUCGGCAGCGCUGCCAGGACUUCAAGAGAAGGGUGUGGCGCUCACGAAAGUCCCAAAGAUUAAAUUCGUCAUCAUCGUCAGCGGUGCGAAGUUCCUAUCGCCAUUGCUGGCCGAGAAAGCUUACUCGCCCUCGUUUACGUGCCCCUCCCUCCAUUUUCUAGGUGAGGAAGACUUCUUGAUGCCAGCUGGACUGGAGCUGCUGGAAUCAUUUGUUGACCCAUUAGUAAUUAAUCAUCCUAAAGGCCACACAGUACCGAGACUUGAUGAAAAAAGUUUGAAGAUUAUGGAGAGUUUCAUAGAGAAGAUUUCAAAGAUGAUCGGCCGAGACUGAAUAAAUUAAAUAGCCUGAAAUUAUUGCAUCUCCGGACAAUAAAAAGAUGCAACCAAGUUUAUGUUUCUUUAUACAUCUAGUGAGAAUUUUAAUCUUCUCUCUACUGCGCCAUUAUUCAGUUAAUUUCUCUAACUAUAUUUGUAAUAUUACAUUUCAGUUUGUA